AUACCGGCCCACAACACCGCUCGCCCCGCCAUCCGGCGAGUUUUCCGGCCGCACAGCUCGACAGGAGUCGCUGUGUCGGCCAUCGAACCCACCAUCAACUCAGCAGCGGUAUGUACCGGUACGACCAUUUAGCAUAGGACACACAUAACAAAUUUUACACUACAAUUAUUACACAGAACAACACGCACACGACACAAUUAGGAACUUUUAAUAAAUGCAUAAGAAAUGUGAAAGUUCCUGUGUUUAGUUUUUGUAUCGCGAAAGUGCCCUUGAUUACCCAGUAGCUAGCCGACCCUGGGAUUGCCGGAGAGUCUCUUGUGUCUUGAGUCGGCCCGGCACUGAUAGUUUACCGAUAAGUUUCAAUUGGCACCCAGCCAAAAGUCCGCGAAAGGUAAUCAAGGGACCGAAGUAGCAUACAAAAAUCUAACGAUUUUUGCCGACGGGAGGUGGCAGGGAUACGUGCUUGCACGUAUGUCUCCACUCAUGCACGAUCUGCCACUUAUGGUGAAUAAACUGUGAUUAAUCGAGGCUUUUGCCUUCAAAAGAGGUCCUGAGGUGUCCUGAGCGCAUCACGGACACAUUUACAAUCGAUAGUCGUUUUUUCCGUACUAAAAUUCGUUGAUGUUGGCAAAUUUUGUGUUUCGUGAACCGUUUAUGCAUUGUCCAAACAUAAAUCAUAAUUGAACUUUACUGUUUCUGUCCAAUCACAAUGACAACACACGCGCACUAUUCAUUUUAAUCUGUUUGUUUUGGUCCAAUACUAUGUUUUACGAUUUCCUUUUACCCAUACACAACACACACUGAUUCUCAUUAUGACUCGCAAACGACGAGCAAAGGCUGAAGCCAAUUAUCAUCCAAUCAAUUGGCAGCCGUCGACGUACGAUGCGGACGAGUCGGACUUAGAGGAAUGGUUUGAGAUGCCUCGUCCGUUGCUCUCGACGCAUCCUAACUACCCGCUAGAGGAGUUAGAGCUGGACCUCGAAGAAACUUUGUCGACCAUUCGGGAGCAAAGGACUUCGGGAGUGAUGAUGCCAGCAGACGUCGUCAAAAUUAAGCGAAUCAUUUACCUUUUCAUGCGUGACAUGAACAUCGUCACAUGCGAUGUAAAUUCUCGCUAUUUGCCCCCCAGCGCGACUUGCGAAUACAGGGCACCGGAAUCAGAACCUGAGGAAGAGAUCGAGUUGAUCAUCCCUAGUUCCGAUUUCGAAGACUUAGAAAUGUCCUUCAGCGAGCCCGAAUCUGAUUCGGAAGACCUGUUUCAGGUAGAAAUGGGAACGAAAAGGAGCCCGAUGUCACGCUACUCUUCUGGUUAUUUCUCUCCCGAUUUUGACACCAGUAAGUCGGUGCUUCAAUCUUCCAAAAUUCCCCGAGACUUACCUGGUGAAGCUUUCCAAUCUUCAAAGCAACAAACUUCGAACCCCGAAUCCCUACGAAAGCAGACCCGGUCGUUCAAGAUCCGGAAAAAGGCCAACCUAAAUCUUCGAGCGGAACCUACGGCCAAAGAACUGUGCAGCGAACCUACUUCGAUUUUGGAAAUUUACCCUUCUUUGAAUAUUCCCAGUUCCGGACGCACACCUGGAACCACUCGAAAGGUCUUUUCUUUUAACAAAAAGAAGAACAAAUCAGUUUAAAUUUUCAGUAAAUUUAUUUAAGUUUUCUUUCCGGCUCAUUUCAACAUUUUCCGGCAGUUUUCCAUUCAUACGGUGAGGUGUGGGAGUAUCUGCAUUUCCCCAGUCGCCGACGGUAAACACCGCUGGAUGGAAGUGAUCUGGAAAGAGAGAAAAUGAACCACUUUUUAAUAAUUUUCAUACAACCAAGGACUAUGGAUUGUUAGUCGAUGGUGUUAGUUGUUAUGAGAAUCAUUAGCGGUUAGUUCUUGAUUAGUCGGACCGACGGAUGAAAGACUCCGAUUGGUCGUAAAGAAAGGCUAGCUUGCGUGGAAAUUAGAUCCAACUUACCUUGAUUUAUUACGGGGAUCCAUACCAGCCCUGG